UCACCCAACAUUGGUGUAGUAAUUGGAUUGGCUAUGUUAUUCUUUAUAAUAGGAGUUGUUGGAGUUGUUGGAAACUCUUUAGUGAUAUUUGCCGUCCUUUUAAACAGAAAAAUGAGAACAUCAAUGACAAACCUGUUGAUAACAAACCUGGCUUUUGCUGACCUUGUUAUUCUGUUAUUAGGGAUACCAGAGACUAUACUGUUUAUGACAAACAAGGGCUGGACACUUGAUAGAAUAGCUUGCAAAAGUAACAGAUUUAUAUUGGUUACUGCUUUAUAUGGAUCAGUCCUAACUCUAAUUGCACUCUGUAUAGAAAGGUAUGUAGCUAUCAUCCAUCCAAUAAAGGCACACAUUCUUUGUAACAAGAGACGAAUAACUGCUGUAUUAGGGUGUUUAUGGCCCUUUGCAUUUGGUGCCGGAUUGCCUACUCUGUUUUUCAAUGAUGUGCGUGUUUUGCCUGGGAAGGAAGACCCUUACUGUACAAUCAUGUUUCCAUACAAUCAUGAAACAUUUUAUAAAGUUUUCAAAUAUGUGGAAUCGGUUUUAUUCUAUUUUAUUCCUCUUGGAAUUCAACUUUCAUUGUAUCUGUUAAUAUCAAAACACUUAUUUACGGGAUCUGAUCGUCUUCACAGAAGGGUGACUAUUCGGAGCGCAAACGGUUCGUCCAUUGAGCGCCAUUCAGAAGCACUCAAGUUGAGAAGAGGUGUUAUAAAGAUGUUAAUGAUGUGUGUAAUAGUCUAUUUUGUAAGUUAUUCGCCAAACCAGAUUCUUCUCAUUGUUGAAACGAUUAGACCAGCAACAUUUCAUGAGAAUUUUUCAUACAUUGUAUUUACGAUGAUUGUGGCUAAUAUUAACUCUGCCGCAAACCCUGUUCUGUACAGCAUUUUCAGUCAAAAUUUUAGGAAGUGUUUUAAACUUAUCCUCUGCAGAUGCCUUCGUUCACGGCAUUCUCCAGAAAUUCGCAGAGCACUCCACCUGACACAUGGCAACGGAGGUACCAAAUCUUCAGGAAAUUCUGUGGCUGGCCUAGCGUUCACAGAAGUAUAA